GAGGCGGUCGUGGCGGGAAUGAGGCGGUCGUGGCGGGCCUGCGGCGGAGCCAUGUAACGGAAAGGCGGCUCCUCCUCCCUGAUUCCGUUGGCCGAGUCGGGGGCGCGCGCACGCGCGUGGCCGCCGGAGCGGGCUCCCUGCCCUCGAUUCCCGCGACCCGCACCGCACCCCCACCCGCGCCUGGAGGAUGAUGAAGCUCAAGUCGAACCAGACCCGCACCUACGACGGCGACGGCUACAAGAAACGGGCCGCAUGCCUGUGUUUCCGCAGCGAGAGCGAGGAGGAGGUGCUACUUGUGAGCAGUAGUCGCCAUCCAGACCGAUGGAUUGGCCCUAGAGGAGGCAUGGACCCGGAGGAGGAACCAAGUGUGGCAGCAGUCCGUGAAGUCUGUGAGGAGGCUGGAGUGAAAGGGACAUUGGGAAGAUUAGUUGGAAUUUUCGAGAACCAGGAGAGGAAGCAUAGAACAUAUGUCUAUGUGCUCAUUGUCACAGAAGUGCUGGAGGACUGGGAAGACUCAGUUAACGGAAGGAAGAGGGAAUGGUUUAAAAUAGAAGAUGCCAUAAAAGUGCUACAGUACCACAAACCCGUGCAGGUGUCAUAUUUUGAAACGUUGAGGCAAGGCUACUCAGCCAACAAUGGCACCCCGGUCGCCGCUACCACAUACUCGGUUUCGGCUCAGAGCUCGAUGCCAGGCAUCAGAUGACAGAAGAUUUGCUGUAAAAGAAAUGGAAAUGGGAAACUAGACUGAAGUGCAGAUCCUCCUUCUUACCCUUGCUCUUUUCACCUCUCCUUACAGGCCGCCUCUUUGAAAUAAGGCAUGAUGGGCAGCAGAGAAAGGGUUUGUUGAUAAUGUUGCUGUUUGCUGUUAAGUGAUGGGGCUUUUUCUUCUCUUUUUAUUGAGGGGGUGGGGGUUGGGUAUGUAAUUUGUAAGUACUUUUGUGCAUGAUCUGCCCCUCUCUUUUCACACCCUUACAUUUCUCUAAAAAGAGGCAGCAUUUCCUCUGAAGUGUUCCUGAUUAUCUCAUCCCAGCCCUGGCCAGACACUUUUUUCUUCUUUGAUUUUUAAUUUUUUUUAUUAAAAGAUACCAAUACGAAAAAAAAAA